AUGUCGAUUUAUCCAUCACCAACUGGUGUUAUAAUUGCUAUUGAUUUAACUUAUAAUUUAUACAGUGCAUUUGGAAAUUGGUUUCCUGGUUGUAAAACACUAAUACAACAAGCUAUGGCUAAAAUAAUGAAAGUAAAUCCAGCUUUAUAUGUUUUACGUGAACGUAUACGACAAUUAUUUUUAAAAAUUAUUCAUCCAUCCGUUUGGACUGGACAAAAACGUUUAGGACAAUUAGCUAAAUGGAAAACAGCUGAAAAAGUUGUAGCUUUAAUUCGUUCAUUACCGAUUGAAGAACAACCAAAACAAAUUAUUGUUACCCGUAAGGGUAUGUUGGAUCCAUUAGAAGUUCAUUUACUCAAUUUUCCAAAUAUAGUUAUCAAAGGUAGUGAAUUACAAUUACCAUUUCAAGCAUGUCUUAAAGUUGAAAAAUUUGGUGAUUUAAUUCUAAAAGCUAAUGAACCACAAAUGGUUAUGUUUAAUUUAUAUGAUGAUUGGUUAAAAUCCAUUUCAUCUUUUACAGCAUUUUCACGUUUAAUUCUUAUUCUAAAAGCAUUACAUGUUAAUAAUGAUCGAACCAGAGAUGUCCAUCGCGGCGCGACCGCUGCCGCUACCGCCACCGCGCCGCUGCCGCUGUGGCGGUGGCGGCGCGGUAGCGAAAUAACAGUUAAAACAUUUAAUAAAAAUGGUGAUGAAAUCAUUGUAAAUGUUAGAAGUAAUUAUGAAAGACAAACAUUUGCAUCUAAAACUGAUUGGCGUAUACGAGCUAUAUCAACAACUAAUUUAUAUUUACGUACAAAUCAUAUUUAUGUUUCAUCAGAUGAUAUUAAGGAAGCAGAUCUUCGUACACAAAUUGCUGGUUAUUUAUAUGGUAUUAGUCCACCGGAUAAUCUAAAAAUAAAAGAAAUUCGUUGUUUGAUUUUACCACCACAAAGAGGUACACAUGAAAUUGUUUAUUUACCAAAUUUAUUACCACAACAUGAAUAUAUUAAAAAUAAGGAACCACUUGGAUGGAUUCAUACUCAACCAAAUGGAUUACCACAAUUAUCACCAAAAGAUAUAAUAACACAUGCUAAAAUAAUGCAUGAUCAUAAAUCAUGGGAUGAAGAAAAAACAAUUAUAAUAACGAGUUCAUAUACACCUGAUUUAGUUUCAUUAGCUGCUUAUAAAUUAACACCAAGUGGUUAUGAAUGGGCUCGAUUAAAAACUGAUCAUGAAAAUAAUCUAAAAGAUAUGUUUCAUCACAUUAUGAAAAAGUUCAAAUACUCUUGUCGGAUCGUUUCUUUGGAUCUUUUUAUGAUACCAGGACAAGAUUUAUGGAAUUAUAAUUUUAUGGGUACUCAUCAUGAUGCUCAUAUGAAAUAUGAUGAUUAUUUUAAUCAAAUUUUUUUUUUACUCGUAUUUUUAAAAAAAAUGAGUGAGAAUAACAAUGAACAAAUGGAUGUUGGAACAGGUUCAACAAGCAAUGAUAAUGUAACUGAUGUUGUUGAAACAGCACCUACUACUACUAGUCCAAAUCCUGAUGAAGUUAAAACUGAAAAUAUAACAUCAAAUUUAAAAUUAACAAUAAAAACACCAAAAGAAAAAAAAGAUAUUUCAAUUGAUGAAUCGUCUACUGUUAAACAAUUAAGAGAUAUUGUGGCUAAUGAAUUUAAUGCAUCAAUUGAUCAAGUAUGUCUUAUUUAUUCGGGUAAAAUUCUCAAAGAUGACGAAGAUCUUAAAAAACAUGAUAUAAAAGAUGGUGUUACACUCCAUUUGGUUAUUCGAGCACCUAAAGCAGAUUCAACAGCAGCAAGUACAUCUGCUAAUGCAACAGCAACAACAACAACAACAACAACUGCUACUAGUGAUACACAAGCAUCAGCUAAUCGUCCGAAUACAGCGCAAACAAAUACAAGUGGUUUUCCAUUUGGUCUUGGUUUAACACCUGGAAUGGGAAAUUUAAAUUUUGCUAAUACUAAUUUUCUUGAUAUGCAACAACAACUUCAACAACAAAUAAUGAGUAAUCCAGCACAACUUCGUCAGUUAAUGGAAAGUCCUAUGGUACAAAGUAUAACAAGUAAUCCAGAUUUAUUACGUUCAUUAUUGCUUAGCAAUCCACAAAUGCGUGAUUUAAUGGAGCGCAAUCCUGAAAUAUCACAUUUACUUAAUAAUCCUGAUUUACUUCGACAAACAAUGGAAUAUGCUCGUAAUCCAACAGCAUUACAAGAACUUAUGCGUAAUCAUGAUCGAGCUUUAAGCAAUCUUGAAAGUAUUCCAGGUGGAUUUAAUGCUUUACAACGUAUUUAUCAUGAUGUGCAAGAACCAAUGUAUUCAGCAGCACAAGAACAAUUUGGUAAUAAUCCAUUUACACAAUUAUUUACUGGAAAUGGAGAAAAUACAUCUGCACCACGUACGGAAAACACUGAUCCAUUACCAAAUCCAUGGGCACCUCGAGGUACUGCUGGAGCAACAGCUACUGCAACUAAUCGUCAACAACCAUCAUCUAAUACACCAAAUAAUCAACAACAACAACAACAAAUACCAUCAGCAAUUCCAACUGGUGCUGCUGGUAGUUCACCCGGUUUAAUAUCUCCAAUGAUGCAAAAUUAUAUGUCACAAUUAGUUCAAAAUCCUCGUUUACUUGAAAGUGUUCUUAAUGCACCAUAUAUGCAACCAUUAAUGGAUUCACUUGCUGCUAAUCCGGAUAUAUCAAGACAAAUGAUUGCAAAUAAUCCAAUGUUUGCUAAUAAUCCUGAACUACGUGAACAAAUGAUAAAUGCUUUACCAGCUAUGAUGGAACAAAUGAGAAAUCCUGAAGUACAAGCAUUAAUGCAAAAUCGUGAAGCACUUGAAGCUAUUACACAAGUUCAAGAAGGACUUCAACGUUUACAUGCAGCAGCACCGAAUCUUUUUCAAGCUGGUGGUUUACCUGCUGGUCUUCGCUUUGGUCCAACUGGUUUAGCUUCACCAACUGCUACUGGGGGUUCAACAAAUAAUGCUUCAUCUUCAUCUACAUCUACAACAUCAACUGGUCAAGCUCCAUCGUCAACAAGACCUACUGGCGAUACAUCAUCAUCAACUGAUUCAAGCAAUUAUGCAGGUGUAUUUGCUCAAAUGUUGAAUAUGAUGUCAAAUCAAAAUAUUAAUACACCACCAGAUCAACGUUAUGCUGUUCAAUUAGAACAACUUGUUUCAAUGGGUUUUACUAAUCGUGAAGCAAAUUUACAAGCACUUACAGCAACAAUGGGUGAUGUAAAUGCUGCAGUUGAACGACUUCUUGCCCAAAUCUAA